GGGUACAUCAAGCUUUCGAAUUUCAUGGUAACAAAGAGCUAUCCAAUAUUUCGUCAAUUCCAGGCUUCAGCCGCCCGAGAUCUCUUGUACCUUCAAGCGGAGCUUGUCCAUCUGGAGUCUCAAUACCAGAAAGUGGCCAAAUCUGAUCGAGAUACCGACGAAGGGGACGAAAGACAUCUCUACGCUUUCGAAUGGUGGCAUCUUAGUCAAUCAGAGAAUUGUGGACUGGGAGGAGAGCAGUGGGCAUUAGCCCUGGAGAUCAGACGAAAGUUGAGGGAAUAUUAUGCCUCUCUCCAACAAUAUAACCAGGUUUCAUCAUUGAAUCGUCCGAAGGAUUCUGAGGUUCGGACACUUCGUGAAUGGAUCGAAAGUCCUCAUCUUGGUGGUGGUUGUGGGUUUAUCGGUCGAGACCUCGGGGGGUUCGUCCAGCCCUCCGCAUAUGACGCCAGAUGCGAGGGAGAUUUUGUGAGCCCUGUCGAAAGCCCCGGAGAGGACGACUUCCUGAGCCAGUUCCUUUCCGGGCCUUUUCUGAAGCUAUUCCACAAGUUUUGGUAUCGCCACAAGGUUCAGUCUGGGCCUGGAAACAAAAGUUCCCUAUAUUAUUAUUCGGAUGAGCAUAUUCAUGCAACGAUCGGCGUUAUCGGAACCGUUGCAUCUUCAUUAGCGCCUAUGAUCUCCAUCAUUGUCCUGUAUGUUAUUCACAGUGUCAAGAUUCGACUUGGUCUAGUUUGUGUUUUUACUUUUAUGUUUUCUUUGGUUCUGGCGUUGGCUACCAAAGCAAGAAGGAUUGAGAUAUUUGCAGCAACUGCUGCUUUCGCAAGCGUUCAGGUGGUAUUUGUUGGAAGU